AUGCAGUUUUGUUGCGGUGCCUCAUGCCGGGUGUUGUGGCUACCCGCCCAUCCUUUGGCUUUCCUUUUCCCUUGCUGCGUGCUUUUUCUUACUUUGCUCUUUUUUUCCCUUCUUCCUUUUUUUUCCCCUCUUUUGCCCCGCGGCUGUUGCCCUCAGACGGCGGCACCGCCGCCAUUCCUGCUGCCGUUCAAGCCGCAGGAGCACCAGCGACUGGCAUUUCUCGUAACGUGGGCGAAUUACAGGGAUGGGGCGGUGGUGGAGCGUAAGCCACCUGGGUCCGCGCGCAAGAGCCAGGAGGCAAGCGUUCUCAGCAACUUCCGCGUCACGCUGCUGAAUCUCAAGAGGAGUGGGUGCGUGGUUCCCGCAAACUCCGUAUGGAGUGGGCUUAUUUUCGUCCUCUCCCGCCUUAUCUCACGCGAUUGUUACCUUGAACGAUUUCUAGACAUCAUCGAGGAGGAGAACUUUGUCUCCUGCUCCUGUGGCAUGCCAGUCGCCUUUAUUGCGGCCCUCAUGGCCGGCGCCGUGGUGGCCGCCUUCUUUGAUAAGGAAAAGUACAUGCGGCUGUUGUGCCAAAAGGUGGAGGUGCUGCUGGUGGAUGUCCCCGGUGGGGCC